AUGUCUCCGGAUGCUAACGAUAUCGACAUCAAACUCAAAACAUCCGGAGUUGCACUUGCUGGGACAAUAGAUUUAAAUCUCAUACGAAAUCUUCAAAGUCAUCUCGAGCCGCAAAAUAUUACCCGUCGUAUCACUCGCCAAACGCAUCUCCAGUGGAAUGGUGAUUGUGAUGCCAUUGAAGCUCACUUUGAAUCAAAAAUAAAGCCGCAGAUCCAGACGCUAUCGAGUAGGACAUGUUCAAAUCGCUGGCUCGUUCACUUUCACGAUUUCCCAGAACGUUCCAACAUAUACAAACCAAACGUCAGAGCCGGAAAAUACACGGUAUUAAUUGUCGUUAAAAUGGGUCCAGGGUUUCCUCUUUUAUGUGAAGGUACUCAUUUGACCGAGGGUGCUGGGAUAUCGCCUGUGACGUCUAUAAUGGAUAUUCCCCAGGAGGAAGGCUCGGUGGUGAUUUUCGACGCUAGCAUUGCUCGCCAGGACCCUAUGGUCAAGGGCCCUGGAGGAUCGUGCAUAUUAUUGGCAUACUGA